AAAUAUAAUUAAAUAAACCGUAUCUCCUUUCACACAAGUGUAGCGCAGUUUGUGAGCUAUCCAAAUAACGUGUCCACUUAAAUAAAUAAAGCCGUAGGCUAAAUGAAUGUAAUAAUGUGAACUAUGGGAAAUUACUGGAAAUGACAUGGAUUAACGGUAUAUUGGAUAAGCAUUAAUAAACAAAGGGCAAACAAUUCACACCAUGGAAUAAUUAAUUCACACGGAUUGGCGGGAGAUACUGAGCGCAUUUGUGGAGAAAGAGGCGCAUACUGUUUCUUCGCCACAAUGCCCUUUCUAGUAUUACAAUUCACUAAUGCAUUGAAAGUACCAAUAAAACCAGUUCAGCUAGUCUGGCAGUUUGGCCCUAUCAGACAUCCUUUGAGGCCAAAGCAUCAGUAGAGGGCGCAAAAGCUUUGGUCUCGCAUUGAGCAGUAUGUGGGGUGGAUUUGUGACGCUGUCAUGAAAGGAGAAAUGGAAGAGGCUGUCCUAGACAGACCAUGAAGCUUUAUACUAAAAUCCUUUAUACACAGAGUUCCGUUGACACAGCACAGAACACGUGUUUCUGUGUCAGCAUCGUGUCUUUGCACUUCAGGAGCGACAGACAGGAUCAUAAACAUUCAAUUUUAGAAGAAAGAAAAAAGGGAGAGACACGGACACCAAGCAAAAAGCCGUGUCCCCACAGGAGCGAGCAAUGUCAAGUAUAAAGAAAAGAUAUUCGAAUUCGUCAGCCGAACGGGAUGUGGAAGACAAGGAGGUUACGGAGAAGAUGCUCUCUCCGGUCGGAGGAGAGAAUGGAAACUCGAGCCGGAUGGGAAGCCCGGAUAAGGUACCCGGGGAAGAGAAGGUUGUCCUAGAAAGAACCAUUACCCUGGUGAAUGGCGUAGCUAUCAUAGUGGGUACCAUCAUCGGCUCGGGUAUCUUUGUGACCCCGACUGGUGUGGUGAAGGAAGCCGGGUCCGUCGGACUGUCCCUUGUCGUUUGGGCAGUGUGUGGGGUGUUCUCAACCAUAGGUGCACUGUGUUAUGCUGAGCUGGGCACCACUAUUUCCAAAUCAGGUGGUGACUAUGCUUACAUCCUUGAAGUGUAUGGUUCCCUGCCGGCUUUCCUGAAACUGUGGAUCGAGUUGCUCAUCAUCCGCCCGUCAUCGCAGUACAUUGUCGCGUACGUCUUCGCUACCUACCUUCUCAAGCCAAUCUUCCCUGACUGCCCUGUACCCGAGAAUGGGGCGAAGCUGAUCGCCUGUCUUUGCAUCUUGCUGUUGACUGCUAUAAACUGCUACAGUGUGAAGGCAGCCACGCGGGUCCAGGAUGCCUUUGCAGCUGCCAAGCUCUUUGCCUUGGGCCUCAUCAUUAUUAUUGGUUUUGUGAAGAUUGGCAAAGGUGACACAGUCAACCUCUUACCAGAAAAUUCUUUCAAGAAUUCAAACUACGACUUUGGGAACAUUGGUCUGGCCCUGUACAGUGGUCUGUUUGCGUAUGGGGGCUGGAAUUACUUGAACUUUGUUACAGAAGAAAUGAUUGAACCUUACAAGAACCUGCCUCGUGCUAUCAUCAUCUCCUUGCCCAUCGUCACUGUGGUGUACGUACUGACUAACCUGGCCUACUUCACCACUCUGAGUCCAGAAGAGAUGCUGAGCUCUGAGGCUGUGGCGGUGGACUUUGGAAACUACCACCUGGGCCCCAUGGCUUGGAUUAUCCCUGUGUUUGUGGGACUGUCCUGUUUCGGCUCUGUUAAUGGCUCUCUCUUUACAUCAUCCAGGUUGUUCUUUGUGGGCUCAAGAGAAGGCCACCUCCCCAGUCUGCUGUCCAUGAUCCACCCCGACCUGCUGACCCCUCUGCCGUCACUCAUCUUCACAUGCCUCAUGACGCUGCUGUAUGCCUUCUCCAACGACAUCUUCUCUGUCAUCAACUUCUUCAGUUUCUUCAACUGGCUCUGUAUUGCCAUGGCGAUAAUCGGCAUGAUGUGGCUGCGCUACAAGAAACCUGAGCUGGAACGACCAAUUAAGGUGAAUAUCCUGCUGCCUAUCAGCUUUGUCCUGGCUUGUAUGUUCCUCAUCGUGGUGUCCAUCUGGAAAACACCUGUGGAGUGUGCCAUUGGCUUUGGCAUCAUUGCCACUGGAGUGCCAGUCUACUACAUUGGCGUUUGGUGGCAAAACAAGCCCAAAUGGCUCCUUCAGUUUAUCUUCUCUUCCACGGCACUUUGCCAGAAGCUGAUUGGGGUGGUACCACAGGAAUCCUGAAGAGGAGCUAAAGCGACGAAGCCCCUCGACAUACAACCCCAGUGACCACUUAUCUACCCCCUCACCCCUGGAGGCACCUGCUCCCAGUCUACACCCUCACUCAGCCCCCAUCAAUGUUUUUUAGGUCUAAUCAUUCCUUCUGAUCUCCUAGUGUUCUAGUGCAGGAGAGCCAUGCUGCUAGACUGCUGUGCCCAGCACGGUCCCCCUCUACCCUGCACAUACUGUAGCUGUUGGGAUACCUUCAGACAGGUUUUCACUGCAAACGUUGUUUCAGUCUUCAAGAUUUUGUUGAUUUUGAAUGUCUUUGUACCGAACCACGGCUCACAAGUGUUGUAUUUAUGAGGAUUAUGUUACUUCUGUUUACAGAGAAAUGUCCUCUCGUUCAAACUAUUAUUUCACUGAAGGUUUGGCAUCCCUGUGUUCAUAUAGUUGCAAUCUGUGCAUUCAGUCAAUUGUGAUGUGUGGCCUGGCUUGGUGCUAAUUCCUGGUAGGCCAAAGCUAGAAUUGUUGUUCAGAUUCACUGACUCACUGUUUCACAGUAGUUCUGCCAUUACCCAGUUAGUGAGUCAACUGCUUCCCAGAAGGGCAUCGUGUCUGUUUGUUGCCAUGGCUUCUAUUUCAGCAGCUUACAGGCUGUUGAACGCAGACAUUAUGUGUUGUAGUCUGGGUGUUUGUUUUUCUGUAUGCUUUUGUUUUCAGCUUUUUUGGGGGAAAGGUUUAAUGUAUCUGGAUAGCGAAAUAUCAAUUUUAUUAUACUAGUGCCUCUGAUAAAGCCAAGGCUAUUCAGUUCCCUGACUGCAGACACACUUGAACUCAUCUGACCCCUGAGAAGCUGAAACUGAGGGUAGACAGGGAAAUGGACGUGUAACAGUGAUUGGAGCGUAAGUGUUAUAAUUCUUAUAUGAUAGCACCCCUCCCCAUCUACGGCAGAUCAGACUGGCUCACUGCACCUUGUUGUAAAUCCCUGCUUUGGCUGUUAUUUUUUAAAUCUUUGUAGAUAUGAAUUUCUACUUUCAUGAGGUAGAUGCAGUGGAGCUUUUUUUUAAUGCUGUCAAUUAACUUUGUUGUAUAUCCAAGGACGUCUUCGUUUCCCGUGAGAUUUCUGGUUCACAAAUAGACCAUGCAUGGGACAUAAUUAUUAUAGUUAUUUUUACAACUAUUCCGAGUAUACAAAUUACAGAGACCCUUUUGCUUGUCUGUAGAUUUGUCAUUAAAUCACUAGUAGCCUUCCGACUGUACCAUGUCUUACCUCAGUGGACCUACAGUAUCACAGGAAUAUAAUAUAGCUGGUUGUAAAUCUUACAAAUAUAACAUGUUUUUUUUAUGCUGAUGUAAUACAAACUUGUGAACAUAAUAGUUGCCUGCUUGAGCUCAAUCCAGACUACAUACAUUACGAGCAAGGAUUUCAUUUGUUCUUAGAUCACAAUGAUCUUGUGGGUAUCAUCAGAUUCACAUGGGUAUUGUUGCUAUUAACUACUGUUAUGUCGAAGAGUUUUGAAACAGGACAGGGCCAAGGCCCCCAAUAGGAACACUGUCACAGUGACUACUUUUUACCUGUGGCUGGCUAAUAACCUCAGACUUUUGGGUUAGAAUGGGCUAUUGUGGGUGUGUAUGUGAGUGUGUAUAUGUCUUAGAAUAGGGUCACAGCUAUAAAGAUGAUUUCAUUGUUUUAGUGUGUCUGUUUCUGUGCUUGCAUGUGUCUACUGUACAUUGUCACUACUGUCAGCAACUAUCAACUUCAUAAAAUGAUUUCUACAUUUAAGUGUGAUGAUGAGAUUUGUGCGGUAAAGAUUUAAUGAGGUAUGGACCAUGGUUGUUGGAGAUGUGUGGUUUCCCCGUCAAAAAGUGGGUAGGCGGGCAGGGCAGGGCAGGACAUAGCAGAGCAAAGGUUAAAACCACAGUCUUUGGAUACAGAUGCCUCAGAGGGUGGGACGGGGGAGACACAGGACUGGAGGUGAAUGGUUGACAAGAUUAUUAAUUCAUUGUUAUUUUUUUGCUGAAAAAAAAUGUUCAGCGUACUAUAUUAACAAAAAUCAUCAUGCAGAAGCUUGUCCAGACCUGUUUAUUUGAAUGUGUUCCUCCACAUUGUGGCACGGUAAAGCUUUGUAAAGCCAAUGACAUGUGUUGUUCUAUAGACCACGUGGUCACUGUGGUAACCAUAUAGCUCAUGAUUCUGACUUACCAUUGGUUUCCUGGAGGAUGUGUCAUUGCAUGUAGAACAGCAGAAUAGCUUGCUAACACUCCAGCCAUCAGAAGAUGUUAACUAAUUUAAAUAGUACUGUAGAAGGUUUUAUUUAUUUAUUGUAGGAUCUGUUAGUCCCCACAUUUUUUACAGGGCAUUUGUGUGCUUUAUGAAUAAAUCUUGUUUUUUUCCCAUACAUGUAUGUAUUGUCAAAUUAUUUGUAUCCUUUAUCCUGUGUUCUUAUCAUGUUAAUAAAAUAUGUUUCAAUGCAA